AUGUUAUUUAAACGUUGACACACGUGAAUAUAUAUUUGCUUCAACUAUAUGUAAUUCUAUUCAGAUGAUAAUUGGCUUACACCUGAUAUGAAAUCUUAAGGGUGCGUGCAGAGUGGCCGCUUGUUGCCGAGCCGAGCCGACUGACGCUUAUUGCAAGAACUUGCUCAUGCGAGAAACAAGUUUGAGUGUGCAUAGUGGAUGCGAGAAUCAGCGCUGAUAUUUUAUCUAUUAUUUGUGUUUUAUGUAUGUUUGUAUGCAUUUGGGUUUGUUGUUCAUUCGUGUUUGUGAAAUUGAAGUGAAAAGAUAUGGAUUCGUCAGAUGAUGAGUAUUUAGCUUCGGCUACUGUUUUAAAGUAUUUUAUCAACAAAAAAUCAUUUGGAAAACAUCCAAUAAAUGAUAAACGAAGUGAAUUUGGAGAAUUUCAUCACUUAUAUAGUGAUUUAAGAAAAUAUCCUGCCAAGUUUAAAGAAUAUACUCGAAUGAGUAUUGAAACUUUCGACUAUAUUCUCGAAAAGAUUGGUGAUAAAUUAAAAAAGAAGUGGAGUAAUUUUAUUAAAGUACCAAUAUGUCCAUGUGAACGCUUGAUAGUAACUCUCAGAUUUCUGGCAACUGGAGCAUCAUUUGCCUCACUAGCUUUUUCGUUUCGGCUAGGCAAAUCAACAGUAGGAGCUAUUGUUAAGGAGACAACACAAGUUCUAUGGGAUAAUAUGUUUACUAUACAUAUGCCGCAGUCAAACGAACAAUGUUUUCAAGAAAUUGCAAAGCAAUACUGGAAGCUAUGGAACUUCCCAAAUUGUAUUGGUGCUAUCGACGGGAAGCACAUACGAAUCAAGUGUCCAGUAAAUACUGGCUCCAUGUAUUAUAAUUAUAAACACUUUUUUUCUAUUGUAUUGCAAGGUAUUGCCGAUGCCAACUGCAAAUUUAUUGCGGUUGAAGUUGGUGGAUACGGAAAGCAAAGUGAUGGUGGCACUUUUAGCUCUUCCAAAAUCUUUAAUCUUUUAAAAAGUGGAGAACUACCUGUACCAGGAAAUACAUGUCUGCCAAACAGUGAAGAAAUUGUGCCAUAUGUAUUUCUUGGGGAUGAGGCUUAUCCCCUUUUAGAAUGUUUGUUAAGGCCGUAUAGCCGAAAGGAGAUAACGGAAGACCAUGAAUAUUUUAAUGCCCGUCUUUCAAGAGCUAGAAAGUGCAUUGAAUGCGCCUUUGGGUUAUUAAGUGCAAGGUUCAGAAUAUUAUGGAAACCCAUUGAAACGGAUCCUUUGUUCGCUGAACUCCUUGUAAAAUGUAUAUGCCUUCUACACAACAUAAUUAUUGAUUUAGAGGGAUUAGAUGAAAAUUUAAAAGAAGAAGUGCAAAAAGAAAAUUUGGAAAAAAUCAUAAAAGAAUUCAAUAAAACAAGUGUCAAAAAUGGUAGAUUAAUAAGAGAUAAAUUUUGUAAUUUCGUAUGCAUGAAUAAAAUAUAACAAAUUUCAAUGUAACUUACUUGGUAUUUUCAUUUCUGAAGCAACGGACAUCCAUAGCUUUUCCACUAAAACACGGUUAUGAUAACAUUUAUUUUUCUGAUCCCACAAAGCCGGCCGAGAAAAAACUUCACUUAUUAAUUGUUCUACAUUCAUUUUAAAUAAACCAAAACACACGACUGUACUCAAGAAAAGUUCAACAAGAAUGCCAUUAAAUGAUGAAUGACAGCAUAUGAUUUUCAUUUUAAUUUUACUUUUUCCAAAGAAUUUUAUGUCCAAAACUAGCUUUUCGCAGAAUAACCAAUGUUUUCGGCGCUGAAAUACGCUUUGGAACUGUUUUCUCGCAUUCAAUCAGCUUUGCGCUCUGACCAGCUCGGCGCCCACUAUGACCUGUUCGCGCUUAUUUGUACUAAUUUGUAUAGUACCAGUUUUCUCGCAUUGGUUCUCGCAAUAAGCGUCAGUCGGCUCGGCUCGGCAACAAGCGGCCACUCUGCACGCACCCU